ACUCGAAAGAGAGAUCGGCUCUGUAUGAUGGUGAUAUAAGAGAUCCGACCGAGCAGGGGAAAUAUCCACAGUGUGAGCAGCCUCUCUUUCCUCCGGUCGCCUACGAGUGCGGGCGAGGAGGGAGUCACUGUGGAUCGACGAUAAGGAGCGGAAAGACUGCAUCUUGGGGUGGAAUCUGUGUCGAAUAAAUUCUUGUAAUCUUUUUUGUUCAGGUUUUUGGGGGUGAAAUUUCGUGCUUUUUCUGAGGGUUGGCAUUGUUUUGGUUGGAAACGAUGGAGUUGAGGUCAUCGUGUGGUGGGUUUUGUAGGGCUUGAGUCGAAGGUAAUUGAGCUUGCAAGUGGUGUUGUAUUUUCCUUUUUUCUUCUGGUUGGAUUCUCUGAGAGAUUUCGGUGGAGUGCAGAAAGGUUGGACUUUUGGGAUUUUGCGCCUGCUUUCGAUCGUCUUUGAGACGAAAAGUUUGGGGAUAAGGACAAGAAAUUUCACGGGUUCUCCAUUUGGUGCCGGUCAUUUCUCUUCUUGCUUCACCAGUUGCCUCAGUUCUGAUCGGAGCGAAGGAACGUGUCUUAUGCUAUAAAGGAUAUGAAGAAUUGGCUCGUGCGGAAGGUGAGGAGUGUCAUGAAUUCUUCCAAGGCCAGUUAGAGUUGCUCUUAUCCGACGAAUCCACGAGAGAACCAUCAAUGAAGGACAACGAUAAGUGCCUGGACUCCCAGCUCUGGCAUGCUUGCGCCGGCGGGAUGGUUCAGAUGCCGGCCGUGAACUCCAGGGUCUACUACUUCCCCCAGGGUCACGCGGAGCACGCCCAAGGAUUUGUGGACUUUGGGAAUUCACGGUGGAUACCGCCGUUCAUACUCUGCCGAGUCACGGCAGUCAAGUUCAUGGCUGACCGGGAGACAGACGAAGUCUUUGCCAUGAUCCAGAUGGCCCCUAUCAGGGGCAGCGAGCUAGACUAUGCGGAAGAUGACGGGCUGGACCUCGGUAUGAAUGAAAUUGAUGUGUGCGGAAAGCCUGCUUCUUUUGCCAAGACAUUGACCCAAUCGGAUGCCAACAAUGGUGGUGGAUUCUCGGUCCCUCGCUACUGCGCUGAGACCAUCUUCCCGAGGUUGGACUACUCGGCAGAUCCUCCGGUACAGACCGUGAUCGCAAAGGAUGUACAUGGCGAGGUGUGGAAGUUUAGGCACAUAUACAGGGGGACACCUCGUCGGCACCUUCUCACCACCGGAUGGAGCACCUUUGUGAACCAAAAGAAACUUGUGGCAGGGGAUUCCAUUGUGUUCCUCAGAGCAGAGAACGGGGAACUCUGUGUUGGUAUCCGACGUGCCAAAAAAGGUGGGGCUGGUGAUGGCCCAGAUUGCUGGCCAGGAUGGAAUCCCCCAGGCAGUAAUGGUGCUUCUGGUUAUGGUGGCUUGUCUGUCUUCCUGAGGGAAGAAGAUGGCAAAUUGAUGAGAGGUAAUGGUGAUGAUUUUGAUUCCAGCAGGGGUAUAAGAGGAAGGAGCCAAAUGAGAAUAGAUUCUGUCAUUGAGGCGGCAAAACUUGCAGCAAAUGGGAAGCCUUUCGAGGUUGUGUACUACCCAAGAGCCAGUACGCCAGAGUUUUGUGUAAAGGCUGCAGCAGUAAAAGCAGCGAUAAGGAUCCAGUGGUAUCCGGGGAUGAGAUUUAAAAUGGCUUUCGAAACUGAGGAUUCAUCAAGGAUUAGUUGGUUCAUGGGGACUAUAUCUUCAGUUCAGGUUGCAGAUCCCAUAAGAUGGCCUAAUUCACCAUGGAGACUUCUCGAGGUGACGUGGGAUGAACCAGACCUGUUACAGAAUGUGAAGCGUGUGAGCCCAUGGCUGGUUGAACUGGUUUCAAAUUUGCCAGCCAUUCAUCUUGCACAUCUCUCACCACCCAGGAAAAAGCCACGGAUUCUCCAACACCCUGAUUUUCCCUUUGAAGGUCAAUGUCCAAUGCCAAUGGUCGUAGGAAACCCCAUCAUCACCAGGGACAGCCCCUUCUGCUGUUUUUCUGACAACGCUCCUGAAAGCAUACAGGGAACCAGGCAUGCACAAUUUGGUCUAUCUUUAUCAGAUGUCCAACUUAACAAACUGCAGACGGAUCUGUUCCACACUGGGUUUCAUCGGCUUGAUCAUGCUACUCUGCCCUCGAGGAUUUCUACGGGUGUUACUGCUGGCAAUCCUACUAUUCGUGACAAGGUAUCAUGUUUGCUAACUAUCAGUCAUCCUUCUCAGAGCCUGAAGAAAUCAUGUGAUGGGAAGCCACCACAAUUGGUGCUCUUUGGGCAGCCAAUACUCACUGAAGAACAAGUGUCUUUGAACAAAUCUGAGAAUACGACAUCCCAUUGUGUUACCAGAAACUGCUUAUCGGAUGAGAAUCUUGAAAAGACAGUGAGUAUGUCUGAUGGUUCUGGAUCUGCAAUAAAUCUGAAGGGAUCUCUUGAAGCAUUCCCAAGUCAGAAGGAUUAUCUAGCUUCGGAGUUUGGUCAUUGGACUGGGCAAUGUAAGGUGUUUAUGGAAUCAGAGGAUGUGGGUCGCACCCUUGACCUCUCUGUAUUAGGCUCAUAUGAGGAACUAUAUGGGAGGCUUGCUGACAUGUUUGGAACUGAAAAAUCAGAGAUGGUGAGUCAUGUGCUUUAUAAAAAUGCAGCCGGUGCAGUUAAACACACUGGAGAUGAACCUUUCAGUGACUUCAUGAAAUCAGCCAGGAGACUGACAAUAUUAACUGAUACAGGAAGCGACGACAUAGCAAGCUAGGGAAAGUCACUUGCCAAUUGUAUAGUUGAGCAGCUCCUGAUUUAGUGGUGUUACAAAUUCAGUCGUUUUUCCUGCCUGUAUCAAUUGAAGAGAGAGUUCGUAAUUGCAAGAGAAAUAUUUCAUUCAGCCAAGUCAAAUUGAAGCUCAAGUAAUCAAUCACCAAGUACCUGCUGUCAAGAACGUAUGCAGAUAACCUAGCUGUUUUGCUGACAUUGAUGUCUUGUCCAACCAGACCCACUGCCAAAUAUUUCCAUGGUUUCUCCUGAGCUUUCCCCUACUCGUGACAGAGCAAAGAAUUCAGCAAACAAAAGACUAUCGAGCAAUCAACAAGCAGAAGCUCCGUACAAGAACUCUCUCAUUGAGCUUUCGAAUCCCUGGAAAAUGGGAAUUUGUUGAAAGAUAUGCUCCAAAUACCGCAUGACAAAGAAAAAAGACAGGUUUUUAUGGCAGGAAGCAAUUUGGCUCAGCCAAUUCUACACAGUCUCACCUGUUUCUUUUGUCUGGGGUCAUUAACACUGUUGCUGACUCUCCAAUUGUUGCUCUUGUAUCAUUAGAAUGCUUAUAUGUCGAGAUCUUUUGGAUCUAAAGGCUCCUCGUGGAUAGAUGCUGUUGAAGAUGAACUAUGAACUAUGAACUUGGUUAUCAAUCUUUAGGUGGUCAAGGUGACAUGAUAUGUCCAACAACUGUAGUGUAACCUCAUGCAAUCAAUCCUCCAUGAUUGUUUAGGACAAAUGUAUGCAUGUACAGAGCCAGAGUGUAUGAUCAAGAGCAAACAAAUAGUUGCACUCCCUUCCAAUUCUUAUGAGUUCUUGGACCACAUUCGACAUUUAUUAGUCUGUGGUGGUGAUGGAAAGCAAGAUGUUCAUUCGUCUGAUGUGUCUGUCUUUGGUUCCAUGUUAAUAAUAUAUGCACCCUAUUGUUGACUGUUCAA